UAAAAAGAAAUUGCGAACUGAAACUUUGACCUUUAUGUCCGUACGGAUACACACAUCGAGAGAUCUCCCCGGGGUCAUUCUAUCCUUUGCUUCAGUCGGUGAUUCGUGAAACUGCAUUCUGAACCGUCGAUCUCACCGCAUUGUCCUCCCGCGUCAGACUCAGGCCGCCGCGAAUCUCGAUCCGAUCGAUUUCAACGGCCGUCAUUUCCUUGAACUUUCUUCUUGGAAUUUAGACAGCUGGCAUGGGAACAGAGGAGAUUGAGAACACUGUGGAUUUCAGCAACUGGCCAACGGAAUUGGCCUAUGACCGGUGGAUAGCACUCCCUGUAUUUGGUUCGAGGCCACCUGCUCGCUACAAGCAUGCUGCAGCAGCAGUUGAUGAGAAACUAUACAUUGUUGGCGGAAUUCGGAAUGGUCGCUACCUAUCUGAUGUUCAGGUAUUUGACCUUAAGAGUUUUUCAUGGUCUAAUCUAAAUCUGAAACCAAUUGCUGAUAAAUUUAAAGACACAGGCUCACUAGAAAUACUUCCAGCUACCUCAAGUCACGUUGUGGUUAAGUGGGGAAAUAAACUUCUUAUUAUUGGAGGGCAUUCAAAGAAAGUAUCUGAUGAAUUAACAGUGCUAUUCGUCGAUCUCGAAACACAUCUCUGUGGUGUAAUGGAGACCUCAGGAAAAGUUCCGGUAGCUCGUGGAGGGCAUUCUGCAACACUUAUUGGUUCCAGAGUGAUAGUUUUUGGUGGAGAAGAUAGGAGCAGAAGAUUGUUGAAUGAUGCCCAUGUUCUUGAUCUAGAGACAAUGACUUGGGAUUUGCUGGAGGCAAUGCAGACGCCUCCAGCUCCAAGAUUCGAUCACUCAGCUACAGUGCAUGCAGACCGUUAUCUUUUAAUUUUUGGUGGUUGUUCUCAUUCCAUUUUUUUCAAUGAUCUACAUGUACUGGACUUGCAGACAAUGGAAUGGUCCCAACCACAAUUUCAGGGUGAUUUAGUGACUCCCAGGGCAGGUCAUGCUGGUAUAAGCAUUGACGAAAACUGGUAUUUAGUUGGUGGUGGAGAUAAUAAAAGUGGUUGCCCUGAGACUCUAGUGUUAAAUAUGUCUAAGCUAGUUUGGUCAGUAUUGACAAGUGUGAAGCAAAGGGAUCCGCUUGCUAGUGAGGGACUCAGUGUUUGCUCAGCAUUAAUUGAUGGAGAGAAGUUUUUGGUUGCCUUUGGUGGCUACAAUGGGAAAUACAGUAAUGAGGUUUUUGUUAUGAAACCCAAACCUAUGGACUCAUCACGUCCCAAGAUUUUCCAGUCACCAGCAGCGGCUGCAGCAGCAGCUUCUGUUACUGCUGCAUACGCCUUAACCAAAGCUGAAAAGCCAUAUUUCACGAAAGCAGAAGAUUCAAACUCUAAGGUAGCUGGAAACAUUCUUUCUGAACAAGAUGUCAGAAAUGACACUGAGGCCAUUAGAGAAGAGAAAAAUGUGUUGCAACUGUCACUUGCAGAAGUCAGAGCAGAAAAUACUAGGAUUAGGGGUCAGAUUGAUGAGAAAAAUGGCACUCAUUCUGAGUUGUCGAAGGAAUUCCUUUCUGUCCAAGGCCAGCUUGUAGCUGAGAGAUCAAGAUGCUUUAAGCUGGAGGCGCAAAUCACAGAAUUGCAAAAGAUGCUGGAGUCAGUCCAGUCAAUAGAGAAUGAGGUACAAGCGCUUCGGAGACAGAAGUCCGACUUUGAACGGGAUGUGGAGCUUGCUUCAGAUGUCCAGAGGCAAGGUUCUGGUGGUGUUUGGCGAUGGAUAGCUGGGGGCAAUGGCAACUCAUAAGAGCUGAAGGUUGGUGCCUAGAAAUUGAAACAGGGAACAAUUCAAUUUGUCAGUAGCCGUAGCUGUCUUUCAAGCCAAAUAAUUUGAUCUUAAGCUCAGGCGGAUUACAACAGUUGCUAUUUGAGGAACCUCUGGUGAUAUUCGAUCCUUGGUCAACAAGCAUAAUGGGGGAAAAUCUUGGAAGUGCUUUGCCCACAUUUAACCACUGUAAAAUCAUUUAUGGAGGUUCGUCUAUGCUGUCUUUUUUUUACUUCCCUUUUUCCUCUUUUGGACUCCCACAAUCAGUUAAUUGUUUUAUAUAUUUUUUUUCUUCAUAUUUAUUCUGUGUUAUUCCUGUACGCUGGUCUUCUUUACUCUUGAUUUCAUAACAUUACAAAAGAACUAAUGACAGUGUUUUGAACAUACCAUCACCAACAUGAAGGUGAUGAAGGUGCUCCAAUUAUAACUUGUUAUGUUGAUUAAAUAUGUGAAACAUCCAAAAUUAAAUUCUA